GAUCAGCUAAUACUCAAGAUCAACGGUCUGACUGAAGACAAAACAAAUUUGUUUUCCAAAUGUGAAAAUCUGACCAAUGAGAGAGAUCAGCUAAAACGGGAGAAAGCUGAACUUCAGACGAGUCUCGGAAAAAUGGAUGGAUGGAUUUACUAUCAAUCCCAUUUUUACUUCAUUUCAUCUGAGUUAUUGGGCUGGUCUGAGAGCAGAAGAUACUGUAGAGAGAGAGGAGCAGAUCUGAUCAUCAUUGACAACAGAGAGGAAGAGGAUUUUAUUUUGAAAACGCCUGGUAGUUACAACAGCUGGAUGGGUUUGUCCGACUUUGUUGUGGAUGACAGAUGGAAAUGGGUUGAUGGCAGCGCACUGAACUUUACCUUCUGGAGGUCUGGAGAACCCAAUGUUACCAAAAACAGAGUAGACUGCAUUUUAUCCACUACAGCAGGGUGGGCUAUGUAUCCAUGCAAUUAUGGUUUUAAAUGGAUCUGUGAGAAAUUAUUUUCAAAAUGACUCAUUACAGUGAAAAUGAAUGCUAAAACAGACUUGAAACAUCAACUCUUUUAAUGUAUCUUAUGUUGAUUUGUACAAUAAACAGAUAAACCUUUAAUAAUGAACUAUUCCCACUACACAAAUGUUUCUUCACUAUAUAGCAUUUCGGAUCAAAAGUUUAUAAUCACUAAUUUUCACCACUUUUAAUAAUAGUAAACCUAUCUAAGCAAAGAAAUAACAGUAAUGUAUAGGAAUUAAAUUUGGAAUAAAAACCCCAAAUAAACCCAUUGACUCCUAUACUAUUUAUUUUCCCCCUAUGGCAAUAAAAGAGGUAUGAGAUCUGUUUGGAUACAGACAUUCUUCCAAAUAUCGUCCUUAGUGUUCACCAGAACAAGACAAUUUAUUCAGGUUUGAAACAACCUGAGGGGGUAAAAGUAAGUAAAUGAGUAAAUGAUGACAGAAUUUCAUUUUUGGGUGAACUAUCCCUUUAAGCCCAACAUUGCAAAAUUUCUGCAAGCUCUGCACUGCUCAUUAAUUCGUUCAAAACAAAAGCAAAAUAAUAAAAAACGUAUAUCAGCCAGUGUCAACAUGAACAAAUAUCUUAAAAAUGCACAAAUUAAAGGAAGGGAGUGGGGGGAUUGAUUGAAGGACACAAAGGAUUUUAUCAUUUUUAAUACAGCCAAACCUCUUGAUGAUGAUAUUUGUUAAAUAAUUGUCAGGAAAUCAGGAAACAACUCAUGAAACUGGGAAGUCUGCUCAUCCUAUAAUAUAUUAAAAUGGACCGUGGCAUUCUGUCGUGAAGUUCCUUUAUGCAUAAAUACUGGAAGCAUUUCUGCAAUCACGUUCCUUUCUAGAUGAAAAUUUUCCACAUAAACACAAACUGUACAGUAGUAUUCACUACUAGUUGCUGGACUGUUACUAUCUUGAUCACACUGAUACAGUGAAUGAAACAUAUA